AUGGUCACCAUUCCAUCGAGGAUCUUUCACUCGGAGGACUAUGCUGGAAGUGGCGUAGUAUUCUUAGUUGGUGGCACAGCAGCAUUGAUUGCAUCAUGUGUCACGCAUGCGCAUGUUGUUCGCUGUACAACACCUACCAUCAAUCAAAGCUAUAGUUUACCUGCUUUGUGGUUGGUGCACAAGGUCACAUUACAGAGUCUGGAGAUGGUCAGUUGGCCAGCCUUGCUGUGGUCAAUACUCUACUAUCAACAGGAUCUGCAGGUGGCAGUUUGUGGAGGUGCCAACAAAUAUUUGCCUGCUCUGGCAGUAAUGUGUGGGGCCUCAGCAUCUCUCUUGUAUAUGGCAUUUGAACAUUUAUGUACAGUUGCCAAGAUUGAUGAUCCAACAGACACAAUUGCCAUUUACCUGAGUGGAGGUUCAUUGGGCUUGAUGUUUGCUGGAUUAUUUAUAGACCAGAGAAAUAAUCAAGGACAAGCUGUGGCUAUGGAAUACAAUUGCCUUGCACUUUGUGUUGUGAUGGUUUGGACUACAUUUGUUAUGGGUUUUGUGUACCUUCUACUAAAAUUUAUUGGAGUUUUAAAGCCAUUUCCAAAAAUAGAGCCACAAGCAAUUGACAAAUACAAACAAGAAACUAACUUUUCAACAGAAAAAUGUGAAACAUCAGUAAACAAGAUGAAAAGGAGAUAACUAUUUUUAUUGACAAUUUCUCACCUGCCUUCUCUUAUUGUUGGUAAUGAAAUCCCCACACUUUAAUGUUACGAUUGAGUAAUAAUGAA